AAUUUUAGAAAACGGGAUAUUACCGGGAAAGAGUUCUGGUUCUUUCUCACUCGAGUAGUUCCGUGAGGUUUGAUGAAGCUUUUCACUUCAGCGGUGCACUGAAAUUCAUGGAGCGACCUCAGAUCUUAUUUCUGAUUCUCUUCAUUUCUUCACUCUGUUUUAUCGCAGAAUCCGAUCAGUUUUGUGACGCCGGUAUUGGAAUUGAUAAGUCAACAUGUGGUAUAACAUCGUCGUCGAAGCUACUGAUAAAGGGUGGGACUGUUGUGAAUGCUCAUCACCAGGAGGUUGCUGAUGUUUAUGUGGAAGACGGGAUUAUUGUUGCUGUGAAGCCUAAUAUCAAAGUUGGAGAUGAUGUUGCAGUCCUAGAUGCCACUGGAAAAUAUGUCAUGCCAGGAGGAAUUGACCCUCACACACAUCUAGCUUUCGAGUUUAUGGGUACUGAGACGGUUGAUGACUUCUUCACUGGUCAGGCUGCAGCAUUAGCUGGUGGAACUACGAUGCACAUUGACUUUGUUAUUCCAGUGAAUGGAAGCCUAUCAGCAGGGUUUGAAUCGUAUGAGAAAAAAGCAAAGAAAUCGUGCAUGGAUUAUGGUUUUCAUAUGGCAAUCACAAAAUGGGACGAAGUUGUUGCACAGGAAAUGGAAAUCAUGGUGAAGGAGAAGGGGAUAAAUUCUUUUAAGUUCUUCUUGGCAUACAAGGGGGCAUUAAUGAUCAGUGAUGAGCUCUUGCUACAAGGAUUGAAAAAGUGCAAAUCUCUUGGUGCCUUGGCCAUGGUACAUGCUGAAAAUGGUGAUGCUGUAUUCGAAGGACAGGAGAGAAUGAUUGAACUUGGUAUAACUGGUCCAGAGGGACACGCUCUUUCACGGCCUGCUGUGUUAGAAGGAGAGGCAACGUCCCGAGCAAUACGUUUGGCUAGUUUUGUGAACACUCCUCUAUAUGUGGUUCAUGUUAUGAGCAUUGAUGCAAUGGAAGAAAUAGCCAAAGCUCGAAAAGCAGGGCAGAAGGUGAUUGGAGAGCCAGUUGUGUCUGGGUUAGUUCUAGAUGAAUCUGGGCUUUGGGAUCCUGACUUUGUCACCGCAGCAAAGUAUGUCAUGAGUCCUCCUAUUAGACCAUCGGGGCACGAUAAGGCCCUUCAAGCAGCACUUUCAACUGGAGUUCUGCAGCUUGUGGGAACCGAUCACUGUGUCUUUAAUUCUACACAGAAAUCCAUAGGAAUUGAUGACUUUCGAAAAAUUCCUAAUGGUGUCAAUGGCAUCGAGGAAAGAAUGCAUUUGGUAUGGAAUACAAUGGUGGAAUCUGGUCAAAUAUCUGUCCGUGAUUAUGUUCGAAUCACAAGCACGGAAUGUGCUAGGAUUUUCAAUAUCUAUCCAAAGAAAGGAGCAAUUCUUGCUGGGUCUGAUGCAGACAUAAUCAUACUCAAUCCAAAUGCAAGUUUUGAAAUAUCUGCAAAGCAUCAUCACUCUAGAACUGACACAAAUGUCUAUGAAGGAAAGAAAGGGAAGGGGAAGGUUGAAGUGACAAUUUCUGGAGGAAAGAUUGUUUGGGAAAACAAUGAGCUAAAAGUUAUUCCAGGUGCUGGGAAGUACAUAGAGAUGCCAGCUUUUAAUUAUUUGUUUGAUGGAAUUUACAAGGCAGAUGCUCAGUACCUGUCCUCGACUCGUGCUCCGAUGAAACGUUUUCAUUCUUCAACUUAAACCUUCAAUCAUCAUAGUUUAUGAAACCGUGUAAUGAUAGAUAGUUGUUACGGAUGGAAUAGCUGAGAUUGCAUGGCCUGUAUCCACCAUGUACAUAGUUGUUACGGAUGGAAUAACCGAGAUUGCAUGGCCUGUAUCCACCAUGUAGAUCUAUAGCAACUUCUUUUUAAGAUACUGCACAGGAUAUUAUGUUAUAGCAUAGUUUAUUUACCUUGUUUUCCUCCAUGAAGUAAGAAAAUAAAUUUCAAGGUUCCAUGUUUUAUAA